UCCACCCUCCGGCCCUGGGGGCGACUUGCGGAGCAGGAGCGGCUGAGGGCUUAGGGUCUGCGUCCAGAGACAGCCCCUUGCUCUUGGGCCACCUGCCUGCCGCCUGCGCCUGCUUCCACCCCUGCCCACCAGGCGGCAAGGGGAGGGUUGGGGGGCCUGGCGCCGUCCCUGCUGCCUCCAUCGUUCCCUUACAGCGUCGGGAUGAGGUGCCCCGUCCUGUCUGCCGCCUUGCUCUGGCUCUGCGGUUUCCUGGCCAAGGGAGACGCCCCGGCUGGGAGCCCAGACACACGGAGAGGAGCCCCCGCCGCUGUCCGCGACCUGCAGCUCCGGAGCCCCGGGAGCCCGUCCAGCCUCGAGGCCUCGUGGGCUGCUGCCCCGGGGGAGCAGGGGGCCUGCCGCCUUCUCCUCUACCACCUGGAGUCCCAGACGCUGGUGCGCAACGUCUCCGUGCCACCGGGCUCCCUGUCCUACACUUUUAGUGACCUCCGGCCAGGCAGCGAGUAUGUUCUGGAGGCCACCACCUGGGCCGGCGACCCCCGGGCCAAGAGCAGCGUCCGCCAGUGGACAGCCCCCGUGUCCCCUCCCCAGCUGCUGCUGCGUGCCCUGGGCGCCGGCGCCCUGCACGCCUCCUGGAACCACUCGGCCGGGGCCGCCGGGCUCCUCCUGGUGCUCACAGACCUCUUGGGCGGCACCAACGUGACUGCAGCGGUCGGACGCGGCGUCUCCAGCCACACCUUCCUUCACCUCUCCCCGGGCACCCCCCACGAGCUGACGCUCUGCGCCGUGGCCGGGCCCUGGCGGGCAGCGGGGCCCCACGCCACCAAGUGGACCUAUCCCUCUGCCCCUCUGGACCUGGUGCUCCUGCCCCGGCCCGCGGCGCUCUGGGCAAGCUGGAGGGCAGGGCCCGGUGCCCGGGACGGUUAUCUGCUCAGGCUCAGUGAGCCGGCGGAGAGGAACAGCACGCGGGGCCCGGGAGCCCUCCGCGCCACGUUCCCGGGGCCCCUGCCCCCUGGACACUACACUCUGGAGCUCGGGGCUCUGGCUGGGCCCUAUGACGCCUGGGCCCGGGCCAGCGCCUGGCUGCCUGACUCUGCGGCCCAGCCCGCGCAGAGCAAUGGGUCCGAGCUGCCGCUGCUCUACACCGAGGGGGCCCCGGGCCUUCCUGGAAACAUCUCUGUGCCACCUGCCACCGCGCUCGGCACCUCCGGGGGGCCAGCGCCUGGGGCCCACUCCCGGGUGGACAUCGCCUCGUCUCUGAGAAACACUACCCGGAACCUCACAGACCACACGAAGCCCCCGGCGCCGCGGUCACUGGAGGUCACCGGCAGGGGCAGCCCCUCUGACCUGGCCAUCGGCUGGGCCCCGGCCCCAGGGCCGCGGGAAGGCUACAGGGUCGCCUGGCAUCAGGAGGGCAGCCAGAGGCCACCGGGCGGUCUGGUGGACGUGGGGCCGGAGAGCUCGGGCCUGACUCUGAGGGGCCUGCUGCCUGGCUCCUGCUACACCGUGUCCGUCUGGACCUGGGCAGGGAGCCUGCGCUCCAGCACCCAGAGGACCCGCGCCUGCACCCUCCCUGCUCCUCCUGCCAACCUGAGCCUGCGCCUCGCCACCCGGCCCCCCGCCCUGACCGCCUGGAGCGCCCCCCGCGGGGGCAGGGAUGGCUUCCGGCUGCGGCUUUACCGCCUGGGGCCCCUGACUCUGGAAAGCAGGGACACUCUGGGCCCCGAGGCUCAGAACUUCUCCUGGGCCCGGCUGCCCCCAGGCGCCGAGGUUCUGGUUCAGCUGGUCACCGUGCGGGGCCCAGACGAGAGCAGCAGCGCCAACGCCACGGGCUGGACGCCCCCCCGCGCCCCUCCCCUGGUGCACGUGACCACCGAAGGCCCCACCGAGCUCCGGGCGUCCUGGGUCCCUGCGCCCGGGGUGCACGACGGCUACCAGGUGACGCUGUACCUGGGGGGGGCCCUGGCGGGCUCCAGGACCCUGGCGGCGGGGGUGGGUGGCACCAGCUUCUCGGCGCUGGCCCCGGGCACUCGGUACGACGUGGAGGUCGUCGCCCGGGCUGGGCUCCUCCUCUCGGCGGCCACCACUGCCUCGGGCUGGACCUCUCCGCUUCUGCCCAACGAGCUGCUGGUGUCCAUGCAGGCGGGCAGCGCCGUAAUCACCCUGGCCUGGGCCAGCGGCCCCUUGGGGCACGGGGCGUGCCAUGCCCAGCUCUCGGAGGCCGGGCGCCUCCCCUGGGCGCAGCCCCUGGUGCUCGGCCAGGCCCGCCUGGUGCUCAGGGACCUCACCCCUGGACGCAAUCUCUCCCUGUCAGUGCUGUGCCAGGCGGGGCCGCUGCGGGCGGCCACCCACCCGGUGGUGCUGCCUGUGGAGCCCGGCCCCGUGGAGGAUGUGCAGUGUGAGCCCGAGGCCACUGGCCUGGCCCUGACCUGGACGGUGCCCGCGGGGGACGUGGACAGCUGUGUGGUGGUGGCGGAGCAGCUGGCCGUGGGGGGGCGCGCCCACCUCGUCUUCCAGGCCAGCACCUCCGGGGACGCUCUCCUCUUGCCCGGCCUGCUGCCUGCCACGUCCUACCGCCUCGGCCUCACCGUGCUGGGCAGGAACGGUCUGCGCAGCCGUGGGGUCACCCUGCUGUGCGCCACCUCUGCGGAGGGCUGGCACCCCCCGGACUUAGCUGCAGCCCCCCAGCUGGAGCCCGAGGCGGGGAUGGGCGUGCUCAUCACACGGGGGAUGUUUGGCAAGGACGACGGGCAGAUUCAGUGGUACGGCGUCAUCGCUACCACCAACCUGUCACUGGGUCGGCCGCCCCGGGAAGCCCUGAACCACACGUGGCACGACCACUACUACGGAGGACGGGACUCCUACCUGGCCGCCCUGCUCCCCAACCCCUUCUACCCGGGGCCCUGGGCCGUGCCGAGAUCCUGGACGGUGCCUGUGGGCACAGAGGACUGCGGCCGGACCCGGGGGAUAUGCAACGGGCAGCUCAAGCCAGGUUCCCGGUACCGGUUCAGCGUUGUGGCCUUUACCAGACGCAGCCCUCCCGACACCAUCCUCUCCUUCUCCGCCUUCUCGGAGCCCCGCGCAGGCAUCUCCAGGGCGGCCGUGCCCCUGCCCGCGGCCGUGGGCCUCCUGGCGGGCUGCUGCCUCGGCGCCGCCGCGCUGGGCCUGCUGUGCUGGUGGAGGGCGAAGGCCCGGAGGGCGGACAAGAAUCGGUUUUCCCAAGAGCUGACCCCUUACAACCUGCGGCGGACCCACCGGCCCAUCCCCAUCCAGAGCUUCCGGCAGAGCUACGAGGCCAAGAGCGCCCACGCUCACCAGGCUUUCUUUCAGGAGUUCGAGGAGCUGAAGGAGGUGGGCAAGGAGCAGCCCAGGCUGGAGGCCGAGCACCCUGCCAAUGCCACCAAGAACCGCUACCCGCACGUGCUGCCCUAUGACCACUCCCGGGUCAGGCUGAGCCAGCUGGACGGGGAGCCCCACUCCGACUACAUCAACGCCAGCUUCAUCCCGGGCUACACCGACCCGCAGGAGUUUAUUGCCACCCAGGGGCCUCUCAAGAAGACCGUGGAGGACUUCUGGCGGCUGGUGUGGGAGCAGCAGGUCCACGUCAUCGUCAUGCUGACAGUGGGCAUGGAGAACGGCCGGGUGCUGUGUGAGCAUUACUGGCCCGUGGGCUCCACCCCCGUCACCCACGGCCACAUCACGGUCCACCUGCUGGCCGAGGAGCCCGAGGACGAGUGGACCAAGCGGGAAUUCCAGCUGCAGCACCGGGCCCAGCGGCAGCCGCGGACGGUGACGCAGCUGCACUUCACCGCGUGGCCCGACCACGGCGUCCCCGAGGCCCCCGGCGCCCUGCUCGCCUUCGUCCAGCUGGCCCGGGAGCGGGCGCGGGCCACGCGGGGCCUCGGCCCGGUGCUGGUGCACUGCAGCGCGGGCGUGGGCCGCACCGGCACCUUCGUGGCCCUGUGGCGGCUGCUCCAGCAGCUGCAGGAGGAGCGCGCGGCGGACGUGUUCCACGCGGUGUACGCGCUGCGGCUGCACCGGCCGCUCAUGAUCCAGACCCCGAGCCAGUACGUGUUCCUGCACCGCUGCCUCCUGCGCAAGGCCGUGGAAGGGCCGCCGGAGCCGUCCGAGGCCGGGGCCGACGGGACGGCGAGCGGGAGCCGCGGAGCCCCCAGCGCGCCGCCCGCCGCCCGCGCCCCCGGGUCGCAGCCCAUCGCCGUGAGCCGCUUGGCCGAGGCCUGCGCGCGGGGGGCCGCCCACGCCAACGCCGGCUUCCUGCGGGAGUACGCGCUCCUGCAGCGCGCCCUCCGGGACGACGCCGACUCUCCCGCGCCCCCUGCCGGCCGCGAGCAGCACAGCACGGUGCCGCGUGACUGUUCCCACCUGCGGUUUUCCCCAGCCAAGGAAAGCCCCACUAGCGAGAUGCUGGAAGCCUGGCUCUUCCCUGGCGGCCCUUCCGGCCACGACCACGUUGUGGUGACCGGCCCCGCGGGGCCCGAGGAGCUCUGGGAGCUGGUGUGGGAGCACGGAGCCCAUGUGCUGGUCUCCUUGUGCCCGCCCGACACCUGGGAGCAGCAGUCCUGGCCCUCGGAGACGCAGCCCAUUGUCACAGACACAGUGACGGUGCAGUGGGUGGCGGAGAGCGUCACAGCGGGCUGGCCCUGCACCCUCCUGAGGGUCACGCACGGGGAGAGCGGGAAGGAGAGGCAGGUGCAGAGACUGCUGUUCCCGUGCUGGGAGCCGGGGCGUGAGCUCCCUGCCACCACCCUGCUGCCCUUCCUGGCUGCCGUGGGCCAGUGCUGCUCUCGGGACAGGACGAAGCCGGGGACCCUGCUCAGCCACUGCAGCAGGGGUGUGGCCCAGCUGGGCACUUUCCUGGCCCUGGACCAGCUGCUGCAGCAGGCGGGCGCGGAGUGCACCGUGGACGUUUUCAGUGUGGUCUUGCAGCAGUCACAGGCCUGUGGCCUCAUGACGCCAACGCUGGAGCAGUACAUGGACCUCUACCACUGUCUGAACAGCGCGCUCCGGGACGGGCUGCCUUGAGUCGGCGCUGGUCGCCGUGCUGCGCGGGAGCAGCAGAGGUCUGGGCCCGGCGUGCGGGGACGGGCGGCCUCGGCAAGCCUUCCGGGGCCCGGCUUCCCGGGGGGGCAGCCUG